AUGCGGAAAAUCAACUUCGCGGGAGGGGAACCGUUCAUGUACCCCAAAUUCCUCGGUCCUAUGGUUCAAUUUUGCAAGGCAGAUCUGGGCCUCGAAUCAGUAUCGAUCGUCACCAAUGGCAGCUUAGUGAAGCGGGAGUUUCUAGAGCAGUACGGCCGGUAUAUUGACAUCAUGGCCGUUUCAUGCGACUCCUUCGACGAACAAACCAACAUCGAUAUCGGCCGAGGGAAAGGGGAUCAAGUGACACAGUUAUUCCGAAUAGCAGGAUGGUGCCGGGAGUACGGGAUCAAGUUCAAAUUAAAUACCGUUGUAUGCAACCUCAACCAUCUGGAGGACAUGAACGCGAUCAUCGAGCAAAUCCGGCCGUUCAGAUGGAAAUGUUUCCAAGUUCUUCUUGUGCGCGGAGAGAAUGACUCUGAGAAGACGUUGAGAGAUGUGCGGAAAUUCCAGAUCAGCGACGAACAGUACCAGGACUUUUGUCGUCGACAUGAACACCAGGCAUCAUUUGUUGCUGAGCCAAAUAACCUCAUGGCCAAGUCAUAUUUGGUUUUGGAUGAAUAUAUGCGGUUCUUGGAUAGAGAUGGCCGAGAGCCUUCGUCGUCUAUCCUUGAUGUUGAUGUUUUCACUGCGUUGGGCCAGGUUUUCUGGGACGAGGAGAGUUUCAAGCAGCGUGGUGGUAUUUACGACUGGAGUAGAGACACUACGCAGUCGGGUUGCGGAGUAGGUAAUAACAAGGAUCUGGAUUGGUGA